UACCAAUGGAGGGGAGGGGCACAGGAGUGGCCAUUCCGAUUGAAUUUCACUCCAGCCACUUAGGAUUUUUCUUGCUUUCCUUGCUGAACUUUUCUCUUUGUUUGGAUGUGGGUUGUAGAAAGCUCUGGUGGGGAUAGCAGCGCACAUGAUGCUAGACUAGAAGAUCCCCUAAAAUCUUAGUGGCUCCUACUGACAUUCCUUCAAUCUGAAUCGUCUGAAGCUCCCAUGGCACUGAACUUCCUAACCAUGCAAUCCAUCUUCCUGUUUUAGCGCCGACUUAAUUGUGUUUUUUGGACCCACCUACCCCGUGUGCAUCAUCUGUCCUAGCGCAUUGGUAUAUGAAGCUCCUGAGCAAAAAAAAGAUGGGUCAGGACCAGACGAAGCAGCAGAUAGAAAAAGGACUCCAACUUUACCAGUCCAACCAGACAGAAAAGGCCCUGCGCGUCUGGUUGAGAGUUUUGGAAAAGACCACAGAUGCUGCUGGCAGGUUCCGAGUUCUGGGGUGUCUCAUCACUGCUCACUCAGAGAUGGGCAGGUACAAAGAUAUGCUGAAGUUUGCAGUUGUGCAGAUUGACACAGCCCGGGAGCUGGAGGACCCCGACUACCUCACCGAGAGCUACCUGAAUCUGGCACGGAGCAACGAGAAACUCUGUGAAUUCCAAAAGACCAUCUCCUAUUGUAAGACCUGCCUGAACAUGCAAGGUACCACAGUGAGCCUGCAGCUCAAUGGCCAGGUGAGCCUCAGCAUGGGCAAUGCCUACCUUGGUCUCAGCAUCUUCCAGAAGGCUCUGGAGUGUUUUGAGAAAGCCCUGCGCUACGCACACAACAACGAUGACAAGAUGCUCGAGUGCCGUGUCUGUUGCAGCUUAGGAAAUUUCUACACAUACCUCAAGGACUAUGAGAAAGCCCUCUUCUUCCCAUGCAAAGCAGCUGAGCUGGUGAACGAUUAUGGAAAGGGCUGGAGUCUGAAGUAUCGUGCAAUGAGCCAGUACUACAUGGCUGUGGCCUAUCGGAAGCUGGGACGCCUGGAAGAUGCUAUGGAAUGCUGUGAGGAAUCGAUGAAAAUUGCUCUUCAGCAUGGAGAUCGUCCUUUACAGGCACAAUGCCUGCUCUGCUUUGCUGAUAUCCACCGCUGCCGUGCAGAUAUACAGACAGCUUUCCCCCGCUAUGAUUCCUCAAUGAGCAUCAUGACAGAGAUUGGAAACCGUCUGGGACAGAUUCAGGUGCUGUUGGGUGUGGCCAAGUGUUGGGUGAUUCAGAAGGAACCAGACAAGGCAAUGGAAAGUAUUGAAAAGGCCUAUGAGCUGGCAGAAGGGCUAGGGAACAAGCUUGGCCUACUGAAGGUUCACUGCCUGUGUGAAGGGAUCUAUCGCACCAAGGGACAGCAGCGGGAGCUUCGCAACCAUGUGGUGAAGUUUCAUGAAUGUGUUGAGGAAAUGGAGCUGUACUGUGGUAUGUGUGGAGAAUCCAUCGGAGACCAGAACCACCAGCUUCAGGCACUGCCCUGCUCCCAUGUCUUUCAUUUAAAGUGCCUUCAGACCAAUGGGACACGUGGUUGCCCCAACUGCCGACGCUCCUCAGUAAAACCAGGAUUUGUGUGAUCUGUUGAAUCCAUGAUUUAAGAGAGUUCAUCUUUAUAGGCACCAAACAGCCAAAAGCAGACCGCUGGGGCACACGGUAUGGAAACAGGGAACUCACUGCAUAGGUGGAAGAUCUCUUGCAGAACAAAUGCAACAUGUGGACCUAGAUCUCUGCCUCUGUUGUUUCACAUAUCUAAAUUAUGGACAUCAACCUGGAGAUCUCUGGCAGCUCCUUCCUCAAAACCAGUCACCUCUGUUCUUUCAAGGAGUAACUUAGCAAGGACACUUAACAAUCCCAGUUUUCUCAUUCUUAUGUUGUGUCGCUUUCUGUCGCUUUCACCAAGGCCAGUUCUGACAUUCACUCACUCACAACUUGUUUAUUCAUUCCUCACAGAAAACAAAAUUAUGAUAUAAUGCUGUUUUUUGGAUGACAAAGCAGUGGUUUCUUGUAGGUUUGGAGAGACAAGCAUUUCCUAGAUAUUGCUGGAAGAUAUUUCCUCUUAAUAUUGUGAAUUACAUUCAUUGUGAAUUAACAUUCAUCAUCUUUCAUGACGAACAUUUGGUACCUAGCAGUAGUUCCCUGCCAGUGCUCUGGGAAAUUGACAUGACAUAAGAUAGGGUCCUUGAGAAACUCACCAAGCUUAUCUGAGUCAAGCCUUCCUCACCCUCGAAUGUUCAGAUCUGUCAUGUCCUCACCUGUCCUCCUGCACUGUGCUCCUCUGUGUGCUUAUCUGUGCUCCUAAUAUACAGGUGCACACAGUUGAGACACUUCCCAGAGUAAGGAAUCCCCAUGGCCUGAGAUCCACUCUGUCAGAACAUUCAGUUGUUGCAUAUAUCCCAAAUGAAAGGUCUCAGGAGGGAGCAGUCCUUGGAAAAGUUUUUCUGUGUUUCUUCUUUUACCAUGUAUUGUGAUGUUGCACAGGUAGACGCAAUGAUCUAUCUGAAAUUGUGGUGUUGUCAGCAGUAUAUUUAUAUUUUCUGUAAACUGUUUAUACUGGAAUCAAAGUUGUAUCAACCUACA